AUGCCAACCUCAAUUCUCAUAGUCGGCGCUGGUGCCAUUGGCGCUUUCUACGCUUCGCGGCUCGCGGUUGUCCCCGAUAUCCAAGUCUCCGUGAUCUGCCGCUCGAAUUAUAGCGCCGUGAAAGCGCAUGGCUUCCGCGUCACGUCCCCUCAAUACGGCGACUACACCUUCACACCAACGCAUACAUUUGCGAACCCGGACGAGGCGCGUAAAAGUGGGGUGCAAUGGGAUUUUAUCGUCGUGAGCACGAAAGCGCUUCCAGAUGUCAGCGACGAUUCGGCGAUACUCGAAGGACUCGUCGGAGAUAAGACGGGUAUAGUGUUGAUCCAGAAUGGCUUGGGCGUAGAAAGCCCAUACGUGAAGCGCUUCCCCCAAGCGGCGAUAUUGUCUGCCGUCACGAUAGCGACAUGUGCACAGCCUGAGCAUGGGGUAAUCAAGCACAACCGCUGGACGCGUAUCAACAGCGGUCCCUAUCUACCCCACCUCGACACCGGUGGCUCCAAAGACACAGACACACGGGAUACGGAUCUCAACAACGCGUUCAUCGCCCUCCUUCAAGAAGGCGGCAUCAAAGACGCAGAAGCCUACUCCCACGCGAAACUUCAACUCGUCCGCUGGCACAAAAUCGCCAUAAAUGCCUCAUACAACCCGUCUUCCGUGCUUACACUGGGCUCCACGAACCAGCUCAUGUCGUCAGACCCUGAGCUAAACAUCCACAUCAAAGGCGUCAUGACGGAGAUUUUGGAAACCGCGCCUAAGAUACUUGGCCAACCAAUGCCCAAGGAGUUCGCAACGCCAGACCGCAUUAUUGCGAGUACGCUGAAGAACACUAGUGGGAGUAAGCCGAGUAUGGCAAUGGACUGGGAGUCGGGAAAGCGGAUGGAGAUUGAGGUUAUACUGGGGAACCCGAUUCGCAUUGCAAGGGAGCGAGGGUUCGAGAUGCCCAGGUUGCAGAGCUUGUAUGCGCUUGUGAGGAUGGCACAGGAGGUCAGGGAAAAUGCGAAGAAAGCGGACAGUAAAUUAUGA